CUUGAGUCAGCUGAUGUCAGUCCGAGAGACGCAGGCUCGUCUAGUGAAGCAGGUUCGUGCCUGUUAGUGUUUUCCAAACAAUUCCGCUCUCAAUCGUUCCUAAUAUUUUUAAUUUGAAGCUUAGGCAGUAUUAUUGGGUAGUUAAGCAGUUUAUUUUUGACGAGAAGCAUCCGGGUACAAGGCUCCGGGACUGUCUUGGGGUGUAACUGGUCCAGACGUAGUAACAUCACAGAAUGGACCCGGAGCCAAUUCCGGAUGCACUCGAACCUUUGAUGAGACAAUUAGAAGAAGCCCUAUCUCUAGAGCACAAGUUCCGGCCAUUUCUUGAGAUACCAAGACUCCCAAGGGAGCGACAGGACGUAACUAUUGGUAUUAGAGAUGGUUCUGCCCAUGUCUUACGAUGCCUUAAAAUUUGGUAUGAUCUUCCACCUGAUGUCUUCUUUGUUGCUACUAAUCUUAUGGAUAGGUUCCUUACAAAAUUAAAGGUAAAAGCAAAACAUAUGGCUUGUGUGUCUAUAUCAUCUUUUCAACUAGCUUGUCGCUUGGUUUGUGGCGGUUCUGCUCCAGAAUUACAGCAUAUUUUGGCAGUAUCUCAAGCCAAAUGUACUGUAGCAGAUCUAGUUCGAAUGCAAGAAGUUGUUUCCACGAAAUUGGGUGCUGAACCAUCUUCACCUCUUCCUAUUACACCAUAUACUUUUUUGGCCUUGUAUCAUGCUUUUUUAUCAGCAAUUGAUAGGGAAAAUGUAUAUUCCAGAAUUGUAAAUGAGUUUGAACUGUGGCAGUUAUUGGAAGUUGUAUUAUGUGAUGCAAUGUGUUCCAAUUACCGCCCAUGUGAAAUAGCAUUGGCUAUUUUAUGUUCAGCUAUUGAUACAGGAGUUGCACGUCUCAAACCAUCUCCACCACCUGCAUCAUCUAUUAUUUCACUGGUCUCUUUCCUUGGGCAGAUACAACAAAAAGCAAAUAUUUCAGAAAAAAGUUUUCUAUCAUGCCAUUCAACAGUUUUAAGUGUUAUUGGUCGAUACAAUGCAGAGAUACAAGUUCAACAUCGUCAGCGUCUUGUAUGGAAAGUUUCACAGAGAACAUUGAAGCAGCUGAGACCUACUGGGAAACUUGUGACAACUCUUCAAACAAUUGAGGAAAAUGGACAGCUUCAGAUUGCACCUCGCUCAAGGAACUCAACCAAUGUAGAAAAAGUAAGAAAGAAGAAAAAUUAACAUAGAAACAAAAGAAACUAAAUACAAGAUAAAAAUAGAAUAUAACUAGAAUCUUCAAGCUCGAACAGUGAUGAAAAUUGGACUGGGCCUACUAGCUCCCGCCAUCUGCCAACAGAUGCAUUUUAAGUUUUUUUAUUUAAGGAAUUUGUAAACCCUUCCCUAUUU